CUCUCAAACCUCUUUCUUUUGCUUUCUGUCUCGACAUUGAUUUGGGUGUAACUGUGUAUUGCCUCUCCUGCAAAUGGGCAGUUCUUGAAAACCCAUAGCUUAUUUUUCUCGAAUUUAUUUUAAUUGAAUUGAAUUUUCAGAUUCUGGGCAUUGGUGCUUCAGUUUCUUGAAAUUAAAAAUCUCUCCUUUUUUUUCUGUCUGGUUUUGUCCGUACUGGGAAAGUAGGUUCUUGAUUUGCUGGGAAUUUUUGGAAUUCUUGAUAUGCCGAGAAUGGAGAAGGGUUUUGGAUUCAAGUGUGAUUUUGUAAUUAUAAUAGCACUGUAUGUUGUUGGUAUUUCUUGGACUCAAAAGAAUGUUGCAGAUGCCGAAGCUGAUGGGGCAGUGUACAUUGUGACUCUGAAACAAGCUCCUACUUCUUCUCAUGUUCAUACCCUUUUCUCCAGUGAGCUCAGAAAUGGCGGUGAAGCUACUAGAUUUGUUAAGCAACUUAAGCCUAGCAAUGUUUCAAGAACAGAUAGAGGACACCGUGGUUCCCGCACGUUUAGAAUGCAUAACUCUUUGUUGAGGAAGGUGUUCCGAGGAGAAAAGUAUAUGAAGCUCUAUAGCUACCAUUACUUGAUCAAUGGGUUUUCUGUGCUUGUCACUCCCCAUCAGGCUGAUAGACUCUCAAGAAGAAGAGAAGUGUCAAAUGUGGUUUUGGAUUUCUCAGUCAGGACAUCAACCACUUACACGCCUCAAUUCUUGGGCUUGCCAAACGGGGCAUGGGUUCAGGAAGGAGGACAUGUAACUGCCGGGGAAGGAAUUGUUAUUGGGUUUGUUGACACCGGAAUUGACCCGACGCAUCCGAGCUUUUCUGACAAUGCAGCUGAAAAGUCGUAUCCGGUUCCGGAUCACUUUUCUGGUGUUUGUGAAGUCACUAGGGAUUUCCCAUCUGGAUCAUGUAACAGAAAGCUUGUUGGUGCCCGCCACUUUGCUGCCUCUGCUAUAACCAGAGGGAUAUUUAAUGCUACUCAAGACUAUGCUUCGCCGUUUGAUGGCGAUGGCCAUGGGACGCACACAGCAUCCAUUGCUGCAGGGAACCAUGGGAUUCCUGUAGUUGUAGCUGAGCAGCAAUUUGGCAAUGCCAGUGGGAUGGCUCCUCGCGCACACAUUGCUGUGUACAAGGCAUUGUAUAAGAGCUUUGGUGGUUUUGCUGCAGAUGUAGUUGCCGCAAUUGAUCAGGCAGCUGAGGAUGGAGUAGACAUAAUAAGUUUGUCAAUCACUCCAAACAGACGUCCUCCCGGAAUAGCAACUUUCUUUAACCCAAUCGAUAUGGCCUUGCUUUCAGCUGUAAAAGUUGGUAUAUUUGUAGUGCAAGCCGCGGGCAACACUGGACCAUCACCAAAAAGCAUUUCUUCCUUCAGCCCAUGGAUCUUUACUGUGGGUGCUUCCACUCAUGACCGCAUCUACACUAAUUCUAUACUUUUGGGCAACAAUCUUACCAUUUCUGGAGUUGGUCUCGCACCUGGAACAAGUCCAGAUGCAAUGUACACACUGGUGUCUGCAGUGGAUGCUUUGAAUGAUACGACUGCUCCAGAUGAUAUGUAUAUGAGUGAAUGCCAAGAUUCCAGUCAUUUCAAUCAGAUUCUUGUUCGGGGGAAUAUAUUGAUAUGUAGCUAUUCUAUUCGGUUUGUUCUUGGGCUUUCGACAAUCAAACAGGCCUUGGAAACUGCCAGUAACCUUAGUGCAGCUGGUGUUGUCUUUUAUCUUGACCCUUUUGUCUUAGGUUUUCAAAUUAAUCCUGUCCCAAUGAGAUCGCCCGGCAUUAUAAUUCCGUCUACCAAUGACUCUAAGAUUUUGCUCAAGUACUAUAAUUCGUCUCUGGAGAGGGACAAAGUAACCAACAAAAUUGUCAAGUUUGGGGCAGUUGCGUCCAUUUUAGGUGGCAUUAAACCAAAUUUCAGUCUAUCUGCUCCAAAGGUUAUGUUUUAUUCUGCCCGAGGACCAGACCCAGAGGACAAUUCUCCCUGCGAUGCCGAAAUCUUGAAACCAAACAUUGUUGCUCCUGGAAAUUCGAUAUGGGCAGCUUGGAGCUCUGGUGGAACUGACUCUGCAGAGUUUCUAGGUGAGAGCUUUGCAAUGAUGUCUGGAACAAGCAUGGCUGCACCACAUGUGGCUGGUUUAGCAGCCUUGAUUAAGCAGAAGUACCCGUUUUUCACUCCUGCGGCUAUAGGGUCUGCACUUUCCACCACGGCAUCUGUGUACGAUAAGAGUGGGGGCCCCAUAUUUGCCCAGCGCGCCUAUGCCAAUCCUGACUCUAACCAAUCUCCUGCAACGCCUUUUGACAUGGGGAGUGGUUUCGUGAAUGCCACUGCUGCCUUGGACCCAGGCCUUGUUUUCGAUUCAAGUUACAACGACUACAUGUUGUUUCUCUGUGGGAUCAAUGGAUCUUCCCCGGUGAUCUUGAACUACACCGGCGAAAGCUGUGACCCCUCCACCACCAAUGUGACUGCCAUAGACCUAAACUUGCCUUCCAUCACAAUCGCGCAACUCAACCAAUCGAGAGUAGUCCAAAGAACCGUGACAAAUGUUGGUGACAAAGAGUCUUAUGUUGUUCGGUGGACCGACCCGUAUGGGGCUACAGUCAAUGUGACACCGACACGCUUCUCUGUUGACCAUGGUGAGAGUGUGAACUUGACUGUUUCCAUUAACGCGAAGAUGAACAACAGCAACCCAAGUUUUGGGAGGAUUAGGAUGUUUGGAAACCAUCGUCAUGUCGUGAACAUUCCUUUGUCUGUCAUCUUCAUGGUUUCGCACAACACAGCUAGUGGUUAAUGUUGUUGAUCUUGUGAUUCUGAAUUUUGUUAUGAACAUUUUCGUUAUUUGAUUUGUUUUUUGAUCUUUGUAAAGAUGUGUAUAUAUAGUUAAUUCUUCUGUCCCGCUUGAAAAUUCUAUCUUGUAGUGUGGUUUGCACUUUACACUACAAGUUUGAAUUUUUCAUCGACACGAAGGAAAUACUAGAUGAAGUUGCAAUGUUUUGGCUUCUUACGAUCUCUUUCCUUCAUUCAUUCCCUAAAAUAAUUUCUUUUGAUUUUU